GGAGAACGUCGGGUAGCCGAUUGCCACCUUGACCGGUGAACACAGUUGGAUCGUUUGGCACUCCAAAGACCAAUAGGCUGUGCGGCACGUAUAGUUAUAGCCGUAGAUCCGAUUUUCUCCGUGGUUUGCGGAUUCUGUUUACAUGACACCGUUCGACGGUUUCGUGGGAAACAAGUGCAUCAUAUUCUCCCGCUUUGACGCCAGCGUCCGUGCAGCUGUCUUACUCAGGGGUUUUUUUGGCGCUGCAGCGCACACCCGGAAGAAACGAAAAUGGCGAACGCCGCUGACGAAAACGUUUUCGCUAAUGACUCGUCGUACCAUUGGGAAAUGCGCCGAAAGGCGUCAUUUUCCAAGCUGACCGGAGCAGUGCCCCGUGCAAUCCCCGGCAUGUACAACGAGGAAGAUCCUCACGCCGAUGAGAAGAAGGAGAAGCUUUGGAAGCUCAUGGAGACUUACAUCAGCUCGGAUAUUCACUCCAUCCAGCGAAGCAUCGUGAACCAUGUGGAAUACACCUGCGCUAGAACUCGCUUCAACUGCGAUCCAGAGUCGUGCUACCGUGCGUCAGCCUUCUCCGUCCGUGACCGUCUCAUUGAGACACUUAACGACACGAACGCGUAUUUCCACGAAAAGGACUGCAAGAGGGCAUACUAUUUGUCUCUUGAGUUCCUCCUCGGCCGCGCUUUCCAGAAUGCCCUCGUUAACCUGGAUAUUGAGAACAACUACAAGAAGGCUUUGGCGGAGCUGGGCUUCAACCUAGAGCAGUUGUACGAGUUCGAGCACGAUCCUGCGCUCGGCAACGGCGGCCUCGGGCGUCUGGCUGCCUGCUUCCUCGACUCGAUGGCGACUGUGAAUCUCCCAUGCUGGGGCUAUGGCAUUCGCUACACUUACGGUAUUUUCGAGCAGAAGAUCGUCAACGGCCGCCAAGUGGAGCACCCAGACUACUGGCUGACCAUGUCGAACCCGUGGGAGAUCGAGAGACCGGACUGUACCUACGCAGUGCGCUUCUACGGAUCCGUGAAGGAGUACCGCGACGUGCAGACAGGCCGCAUGCGCAGCAAAUGGGUCGAAGGCGAAAUCGUUCAGGCCAUGGCAUACGACAACCCGAUUCCCGGGUUCGACACGUACAACACGAUCAACUUGCGUCUGUGGAAGGCGGCACCCGGCAAAGAGUUCGACUUCCACCUUUUCAACGUCGGCCGCUACCUGGAGUCGGUGCGUGAGCGCCAGCGUGCGGAGUCGAUCUCCGCGGUGCUGUACCCGAACGACAACACCUUGGAAGGCAAGGAGUUGCGUCUGAAGCAACAGUACUUCUUUGUCUGUGCCACGGUCCAAGACGUUCUGCGCCGCUUCAAGAAGGUGUCUAACCGGGACUGGAACGACCUCCCGUCGAAGGUCCAGAUGCAGUUGAACGACACGCACCCGACCAUCGCCAUUCCGGAGCUGAUGCGCAUUCUCCUUGAUGUCGAAGGCCUGGAGUGGGAACAAGCGUGGGAUCUGACCAAACAGAUCUUCAACUACACAAACCACACCGUCCUUCCGGAGGCCCUCGAAAAGUGGUCUGCCGAGUUGAUCGGCAAGCUGCUGCCCAGGCAUCUUCUGAUUAUCAACGAGAUCAACUUCCGCUUCUUGAACGAAGUCCGCGGCGUUUUCGGGGACGACUGGAAUAAAAUCAGUCGCAUGUCGAUCUAUGAGGAAGGCGAGGAGAAACGUAUCCGCAUGGCCAAUCUGGCGGUUAUCGGAAGCCGACACGUCAACGGCGUGGCCGCAAUCCACUCGGAGCUCGUGAAGAAGGAUCUUUUCCCCGAAUUCGUCGAGUUCUACUCCCGACAGGGCUUCAACAACAAGUUCCUCAAUGUCACCAACGGUGUGACACCCCGGCGCUGGAUCUACUGCGCGAACCGCGGACUCGCAGACCUCUUCAGCAACUGGCUCGGCUCCGACUCGUGGCUGAAGGAGCUCGACAUGGUUGCCGGCCUCCAAAAUCACAUCGAUGAUCCGCAACUGCGCAAGGAGUGGCGCGCUGUGAAGCGUGAGAACAAGAAGCGCCUGGCCGCCUGGGUGGAGCAGAGAUGCAACGUGAAGCUUGAUGUAGAUCGCAUGCUGUUCGAUAUUCAGGUGAAGCGAAUUCACGAGUACAAGCGCCAGCUCCUCAACUGUCUGUACACUCUGCACCGCUACCUCACCCUCAAGAAGAUGUCGCCCCACGAGAGAGAAAACGUCGUUCCGCGCGCGACGAUGAUUGGAGGCAAAGCGGCUCCGGGUUAUUUCACAGCAAAGAAUAUCAUCAAGUUGGUCAACAACAUCGCUCAGGUCGUCAACAACGACCCCGAUGUCAACCAGUAUCUCAAGGUCGUCUUCCUGCCAAACUACAACGUGUCGCAUGCGCAAGUGAUCAUCCCGGCAAGCGACCUGUCUCAGCACAUCUCGACGGCCGGCACAGAGGCCUCUGGCACAUCGAACAUGAAGUUCGUCAUGAAUGGAGGCUUGAUCCUGGGAACGCUGGACGGUGCCAACAUCGAAAUUCGCGAGGAAUGCGGCGAUGACACCAUGUUCAUUUUCGGUGCCAGAGAGCACGAAGUGGCAAAGAUCCGUGAACAGGCGCGGAACGGGAACUACCCCAUCGACGGACGACUCAGAGAGGUCUUUGAUUUCAUCCGCUCCGGAAAGCUGGCUUGUGGGGACGGACAGGCCCAAAGUGACUUCGUUGCAAUAGUGGAUCAGCUCUGCAACAACGGCUACGGCCAUAACGGUGAUUUCUAUCUCCUCAUUCACGACUUCCAGGACUACUGCCGGGCUCAGCACGUUGUGGACGAGACCUACAAGGAUGUCGAGCAGUGGACCACUCUUUCCAUCAAGGCCGCAUCUUCAAUGGGCAAAUUUUCUACGGAUCGCUGCAUGCGCGAAUACGCAACCGAGGUCUGGGACAUCGAACCGUGUGAACGUCCCCCUCCGGAUGAGUUCCAAAGAAUGAGAUCUUUCGCGAAUGACAUCCCAAACAAAGUCUCAGCGUGAGUUAACCGUCACCGCUAUGGAGAGGAAUGUGUCGUCUUAAGACACGCGAGGCAGCUGAGAGGUGUACGGAGAGCGAGCUCCAGCGCCUGAAUACAUUAUCGGGGAAAGGCUCUCUAUCGUAAAGGUGGUCCACAAGCAGACUGUCACAGGAUGAUAGGUUUCAAGGCGUCGAGCACGGGAUUGCUCGUGGUGCCUCUGAAUUACCGUGUGGCGAGUGCUCUAGUUGGAGCUGAAUAGUCAGACGGAGGAGAAGCUCCUCUGUGACUCUGUGAUGCGGAUCGGAUGUGGUUGUAAAUACUUGUGAAAAAGGAAGGAGUGUCGCGUUUCUCUUGACACUGCGGACCUUCUUCGGCAUGGGACGAAUCAGCCAGUGACUGAUCAUUUACAGUUUCUGAAACCGGCACAGGCAUUCGGUGUUUCAUUUGUGUCAGAAUUCCGUGCAUCUGCUGAUAUGUAACGUAGGAAAGCAGCAAGCUGGAACCGUAGUGGGGCUGUGAAGCAACGAGCUUGAGAGCCAUGGUCACCUUGACGGAGACAACGCGUUCAUAUUUCCUGAAGCUACGCAGUGUGAUACAACUUUGGUUUGAUGCGAAGCAUUCGAUAUAGGUGCUCAUUCAGCCGUGAUUACGUGUCGGCGGCCCCCUAGGUUUUAAUCUGCUCGUUGCUGGCUCAAGCAGUUUUCCUAGUAACAAACCGGGAUUUAUAGUUCACAGCGCUAGGUGUUUCACACUGUCACAACUUUGUUCUUUGACAUAAGCCAGUUGAAUUGAAUGGACGGUCUUACAUCCAGAGCUGCAAGAUGAGGCUCGGCACUUCUUUCAUACAGUAACGAUAAGCUUCGGACGUCGGUUGAUAAAUGUUUUAACCGUGGAAACAGUCAACGGUUGUCGACACCGAAUGUCGCUGAUGGCCGAAGGAAGGCAAGCUGUGUGGGAGUGGUGGUUUUCUUUGAUAUCGGCUCAAACCGACUGAAGAACGUGAAUGCGGACAUCGGAGAUGAGUCAUAGAAAGCACUGCGACCCAACUGGAUCCUUUCUGACAGAAUGUACGUGUGAUCGUUGGUUUCGGCGGUGACGAAGUUUCGUAUCUGGUCACUAAAGGUGCGGGGAUCCAUGGGUAUCACAACAUGUGUGAAAGCAUACUAUUUCAGUUUCCUCAGCAUUUUUUUGCGCUCAGUUUUAUGCCACAGUUGGCAGCCAGUUAAGAGGCUUAUACCGAUGACGCUCGCAGUUAACUGGGCAUACUCGUGAUGUUUCCAGCGGGGCCGACGACACUGAAUGUAUCAUCCCGCCGCAGUGCAGGCGGCACAUUCUUCCGUGUGCUGAAGUAGGCGUGAUCAUCCCAGCAGUGAUGUGGUGGCAGAGGUCUGGACCAUUUAGGAAUUGCAGUAACCUGGUACGAUGAUACAACGACAUGAAGAAAGGUUCGGAUACAGCCAUGCGAGGAUGCAACUCCUUUGCUGAGCGAUGUGUGGGUAAUCGGUAUCACUGUCCAACCAAAAUGCCCCAGUUACUGGCACGUU